CAGUCGUAUCGUCAUAUGCAGUCGUAUUUACUCGGCGCCGUGUCGUUAACUUAUGAUCAAACUGUCUGUGAAGAUCUCAAAGCUUUCGAAAGAAGACUUACUGAAGUUAUUGCUAGUUUGCAACCUUCAACAUUAAGAUGGAGAAUACUCUUGGGUUUUAUUUCAAUAUGCACAGCAGUAGGAGCUUGGCAUUGGCUGACAGAUCCAAAUACAUCAGCAGUAUCAUUUACACAAAGUCUUUAUAAUCAUCCUAUUUUUGCAUUAGCUAGUAUUUUAUUAGUAAUUUUAUUCAUGUUAGGUGUCCACGGGCGUGUCAUUGCUCCAAGUAUAAUAACACAACGAACACGAAGUGUUUUGCGUGAUUUUAAUAUGAGUUGCGACGACACUGGAAAACUUAUUCUUAAACCAACACGACCGCCGCAUCCGCACGAGACCUGAGAAUUAAUUAAUAACACAGUAGUUAAUUUAUCAUCUUUAAAUAUACCGCCAAUUAAUCAUGACAUUACGCAAAUGGCUGAUUAAUAAUUGAAUUUAUUAUCAUAAUAUAUUUAUUUUUGUAAUUUGUUUAUUUUAUUACAUGCGCACAUUUGAAUCAAAUCAAGUCAUUACUUAAAAUUUUUUUAGUUUAUCAUUAAUCAAAAUUUAGCACCACGUCUUCCUCGAUAUAACUUUUGAAUAUUUGUUAAAAAUCAGCCAUGUAAAUAAAAUAAAAUAUUAGAUUUCUAAUUAGAACUAAUUAAUUUUACAAGCAUUUGUUUAUUUUUUUAUUUAUUAUUUUUUUUUUUUUUCAAUUUUUUAUUUACCAUUUACACGAUUCAAAAAUAUAAUAGUAAUAAUAAUCAAUAAUAUUCGUGCGUAUGAUUGAAAAUAAUAAUAAAAAAUUUAUUUUAUUUAAUUAUUUAACGAUACAUAUUUACAACUAACAGACUAUCAAAUCAUAGCCAAAAAAUAUACAACUGAUACUUUAAUAAUGAAAUAUAUAGCAAUGAUAAAAAUAA